UUCGUCGACUCUCCAAUAAACAUGACGACCUUAGAAGGCAAGAAGCGAAAGCUUCCGCCGAAGGUUGCAGCCAUGCUCGCACGUAAACGCAUGAAACUUCAACCCGGAUCCUCCACUACGCCGAAAGUCACAGCGAACGAACCGCGACCUUCGAGCGAGCUACGUGAGCGAGGCAAGACUGUGAGGCUGGAUCAGCUGAAAUGGAAGGAGGUAGAACUGCCCGAUCGUUUGGACGACUAUGAGGGUUUCUUCGGGUUAGAAGAAGUCGACGAUGUGGAAAUUGUUCGAGAUGCUGCCGCCAGCACCUUGACUUAUAAGACACAUACCGAGAACAUCCUUUCAGAUAGGGAGCGACAAGAACUUCAGAAGCAGAAGCAGAAACCACCGCAUGAAGAUUAUGAAGAUAAGGAUGUCAAUGAGGAAAGUCCACCGCCUGAUGCUGCCGGCGAUGAUGAAGAAGAAGAAGAAGAAAAAGCCGAAGUCGACAACGAAGAAGAGUGGGGUGGCUUCGACUCAGAUUCUGCAGAGGACAAUGACAUGGAAGCGGACGAGAAUACUGGUGACUUUGGGAUAAACCCAUUCCAGGGUUUAGUGGAAGAGUCUUUGGAUGCUAGUAACGGCGUUGAUGUCAGCGCAUGGGCGCAGCUCCAGCUCUCCCAAGAUUCGUUAGCUUCAUUAUCCCGAUUGGGCUUUGCGAAGCCGACAGCAAUUCAGGAAUUAUCCAUCCCUGAGAUAAUGGCUGGCCGUGAUGUCAUUGGAAAAGCCUCCACAGGUUCUGGCAAGACGCUCGCAUUUGGCAUACCUAUUUUCGAGCGAAUCCUCGGCCAAUCCACCGGCGACGAGCAUCCCGAAACCGAAACUCCAAGCGAAGAACACACCCCUACUGCCUUGGUACUAUCGCCUACGAGAGAACUCGCACACCAAAUUACCAAACAUCUUCAGCUAUUGGCCUCGGGCGUCCCGAACCGCACCAUACGUGUCGUGCCAGUAACGGGAGGCCUCUCGAUCCAGAAGCAACGUCGCUUACUGUCAAACGCUGACAUAGUCGUCGGGACUCCCGGCAGAAUGUGGGAAGUCAUGGGUGAUAGCAAUGGUGUCAUUGACCAGCUGAAACGCAUUUCAUUCCUGGUCGUGGACGAAGCGGACCGACUGCUCAGUGAAGGGCACUUCAAAGAAGUGGAAGAUAUCUUGGAUUCGCUCGACAAGAGCACAGAUGAAAAUGAGACCGUCUCGCAAGAAUCGACCCGUCAGACCCUGGUCUUUUCCGCGACGUUCCACAAAGGACUGCAGCAGCGACUGAAAGGGAGCAAAAAGAGAGAUACACGAUUCCUAGACCCAAAGGAGUCGAUGGAGUAUCUAAUCAAGAAACUCAGGUUUAAAGAAGAGCGGCCGAAAUUUUUGGACGCGAAUCCAGAGGAACAAAUGGCGGAGAAUCUGAAAGAGGGAGUGUUGGAAUGCCCGGCGAUGGAGAAGGACCUAUAUCUAUACGCUACUCUGCUCUUGAAUUCGUCCAAACGGACAAUCGUCUUCUCGAAUAGUAUUCACGCUGUUCGCCGAGUGACAGCCUCCUUGCAAGCGCUGAAUCAACCAGCUGUAGCUCUCCAUUCCCACAUGCCUCAAAAGGCGCGUUUGCGCUCCCUUGAACGAUUCGCAGCAGCCGGCGCGAACUCAAAGUCCGCCGCUCGAUCAAUCCUAAUCGCCACCGACGUGGCAGCACGCGGUCUCGAUAUCCCAGACACGGAAACCAUCAUUCACUACCAUGUUCCUCAGACAGCCGACUUCUACGUUCAUCGGUCCGGGCGGACGGCCCGUGCCGGUGCGAAUGGGAAGUCAAUCAUGCUCUGCAGCCCUGAAGAAGUAGGCGGGGUACGCCGAUUGAUCCACAAGGUGCAUCCGAACAGCAAGUCCGCCAUUCGCUCGCUCGGCAUUGACCGACGACUGGUGGGGAAACUGAAGGGGCGAUUGACGCUGGCGCAGAAGAUCGCGAACGCGGAACUCAGCAACGCGAAGGAGAAGGUGAAUGACUCGUGGGUCGAUCAAGCGAAAGAAGACCUGGGGAUUGACAGUGAAGAAGAGCGAGAUUGGGCGGAGAAGGAGGGUAGAGGUCGUGGGUGGCAGAAGAGUGAGAAGUCGAAGGUCGGCUCGGCGGAGCUGAAAAGUUUCCGGAGGGAGCUUAAAGCUUUGCUUCAAACGAAGAUCAAUACGGGCUUUAGUGAACGGUAUCCCACUACAGGGGAUAUGGAUAUUGAGGAGUUGAAGCGGGGGCUGCAUGGUGACUUCAUUGGAAAGGUUCCUAAUCUGGAGUGGAAUUCCUAGAAGAGUUCCAUAGCUUAUCGAGAUCUCCUCAGGCAAUAGAAUGAUUGGCUUUGGAGUCGUGCAUCGAAGAAAGGCGUUGUGUUCUGGUAAUCGCAGCACCCAGAUGAGUGUUCGGGAUUUUAAACACCGGCAUAAUUGAGCACAUUU